CCACUUCUACUGAACACUACAACAGGUCCCUCGAUCGACUCAUUUUCACUCAUCUCUUUCCAUAAAUACCCUUCUUCUCUACCAUUUAACACAUUCUUAUCACACCCUCUUUCGCUCACGCUCUUUAACUCGUCCGUACAUCUUUACUCCUCUACUUCCAUUACUCUCUUGCUCUGGUUUCUUUGUAGAAAACAGAGACAGAGUAUGGAGCGUUUAUCUUUUAUUUGUUGUUUUCUCUUGCUCAUUUCUAUCUCAGGGUUCGCAGAUGCUGGUUCAAUAGGAGUGAACUAUGGGCGAAUAGCGAAUAACCUUCCUUCUGCCGUGAAAGUGGUACAGCUUCUCAAAUCUCAGGGUCUUCAGAAAGUCAAGGUUUACGACGCCGACCCUUCUGUCUUGAAAGCCUUAGCUGGAACUGGUAUCAAAGUCACCGUAGAUCUACCCAACGAGCUUCUUUACGCGGCAGCCAAACAACAGUCCUUUGCCAACUCAUGGGUUCAGAAAAACGUCGCUGCUUAUUACCCAUCUACCGAGAUUGAAGCUCUUGCUGUUGGAAACGAAGUCUUCGUCGACCCGCAUAACACCACCAAGUUUCUCAUCCCAGCUAUGAGAAACAUUCACUCGGCUCUAAUUAAGAACAAGCUGGAUUCUGCGAUCAAAAUCUCCUCUCCCAUUGCUCUUAGUGCCCUACAGAACUCAUACCCUGCAUCGGCUGGUUCGUUCCGACCUGAGCUCGUCGAAAGCGUAUUCAAACCCAUGUUGGAUUUCAUUCGCGAAACCGGGUCGUUCCUCAUGGUAAACGCUUACCCAUUUUUCGCUUACGAGUCAAACUCUGAUGUUAUAUCUUUAGACUACGCACUGUUCCGUGAGAACCCAGGUGUCCUGGAUGCGGGUUCAGGUUUACGGUACUUCAACCUCUUCGACGCACAAAUCGACGCCGUUUUUGCUGCAAUGUCAGCUUUGAAAUACGAUGACAUUAAGCUUGUCGUUUCUGAAACGGGUUGGCCAUCAAAGGGAGAUAAGAACGAAGUGGGUGCAAGCUUAGACAAUGCAGCCGCCUACAACGGGAAUCUGAUCCGUCGAAUUUUAACCGGUGGUGGGACUCCAUUAAGGCCCAAAGAUGAUCUCACCGUUUAUCUCUUCGCUCUCUUCAACGAAAAUAAAAAGAACGGUCCCACAUCGGAAAGAAACUAUGGGCUUUUCUACCCGGACGAAAAGAAAGUUUAUGAUAUCCCUUUUACUGCCGAGGGUUUAAAGAGCUACCACGAUGACCGGUCACCGGCUAGUGGAGGAGAACCAUCCGGUCAACAGGUUACUAGCCCUGUCAAUGGUGGAGGUGUGUCGAAGAGUUUAACCGGUAGCACUUGGUGUGUUGCGAAUGCUCAACUGGGGAAAGAAAAGUUACAGGCAGCUCUGGAUUUCGCUUGCGGUGAGGGCGGUGCUGAUUGCCGUCCGAUCCAGCCAGGCUCCACGUGUUACGAUCCUAAUACCAUUGAGGCCCAUGCCUCGUUCGCCUUCAAUAGUUAUUAUCAGAAGCAGAGCCGUCAGAUGGGGUCUUGCUAUUUUGGCGGGGCGGCUUACGUCGUUACUCAACCACCCAGGUAUGGAAAGUGCGAGUUUCCCACGGGUUACUGAAGAAAAAGAAAAUGGAGGACGAAACAGGGAUGAAUGGUUUCGAUUAGUAUUAGGCUUUUAUGUAUGUUUGUAGUUUGGACAUGUUAUUAUGAGAUGCUUAAAAUUUUUGGGGGCCGCUGGCUUUGUAUGUAUUUUGUUGGUUAUUUUAACGAUUUUAACUUAACCCAUUAUGUUUAUAUAUAAUUAGACGAUUUAUUUCA